AUGCACAUUCAUGACUCCCACGCAAUUUACAACCCUUGGCCGUCAAGGCAAUGUACCGUCCAUCUUCCCAGAACUCAUUGCCCAUGGAUUCUGCGCUAUGGAGAGGUCAGCAACUGA